UGAUGAGGAUUCUCCUCCCAACAACCUCCUGACGUACACCAUCAUUUCAGCUUCGGUUUUCCCUCAGUACUUCAGCAUCAUCAUGGUGGAAGGCUAUGCAGUCAUAAGCGUGACCAGGUCUCUCGACUAUGAGCUGGUCCCCAAGGGGUUGAUCUAUUUGACAGUGAUGGCCAAAGAUGGAGGAAAUCUGCCGCUUAACAGCACCGUCCCGGUCACAGUGGAGGUUAUAGAUGAAAAUGAUAAUCCACCUGAGUUCAGCAAACCGUCUUACAUCGUCAAAAUCCCAGAGAACCUUAAUGCUGGGGCAACAGUGCUGGUUGUAAAUGCAACUGAUUUGGACGCCUCGCGGGAGUUUGGCCAGGCCUCUCUCAUCUACUCCCUGGAAGGCUCCUCUCAGUUUCGUCUUAAUUCACGCUCAGGAGAGAUCACCACCACAGCCCUGCUGGACCGAGAGCAGAAGUCAGAGUACAUCCUGAUAGUGAGAGCUGUGGAUGGAGGAGUCGGGCCUCAGCAGAAGACAGGCAUCGCCACUGUGAACAUCACCAUCCUCGACAUCAACGACAACGCCCCAACGUGGCGAGACGAGCCGUACGAAGCCAACGUUGUGGAGAUGAGUCCAAUCAACACUGAUGUUAUCUCUGUGUUGGCAGUGGACCCAGAUAAUGGGGGAAAUGGGACAGUGGUGUACAGCAUAAGUCCUGCAAACCCCUUCUACACCAUCGACAGCAGAAACGGGAAGAUCCGGACCAGCGGUGUCACACUGGACCGGGAAAGCACCAGAGACACGGAGCUGAUGAGGAAAAUCGUAGUGUCUGCUGUUGACCGUGGCACACCUCCACUGCAUACAUCAGCCAGCACCACAGUGUCUGUCAACCUGCUGGAUCUGAACGAUAACGACCCGACCUUCCUCAACCUGCCGUCUGUUGCAGAAGUGCCAGAGGGACUUCCCAUUGGAACCUCGUUUUUUAGGGUGCAGGUAGUGGACCCAGAUCAGGAUGCGAAUGGCCGCGUUACGAUGGUGCUGCAGAUGGGUAUGCCCCGCCUUGACUUCUACCUCAACACCUCCACCGGCGUUCUCACCUCCACGGCGGUGCUGGACCGGGAACAGAUCGACCAGUAUCAGCUGAGGAUCAUCGCACACGACGCUGGGGAGUUUCCUCGGACCUCCACUUCAACGCUCACUGUCUCAGUUCUGGAUGUAAAUGAUGAGACGCCCACCUUCAACCCCAGACUAUACAAUGUGUCCCUGCUGGAGAGCGUUCCCAGAGACCACGUUGUCGCGCGACUCGUCUGCUUUGACAAAGACGCUGGUCUCAACGCAGAGCUUAGCUACUUCAUCACAGGAGGGAAUCAAGACGGUAAAUUCAGUGUCGGUUUCCGAGACGGCAUUGUGAGGACUGUGGUGGGCCUGGACAGAGAGACUCAGGCGGCUUACACUCUGGUCAUCGAGGCGAUAGACAACGGUCCAGCAGACAGCCGAAGGACGGGGACGGCCUCCGUGUUUGUGGAGGUUCAGGACGUCAACGACAACCGGCCCAUCUUCCUCCAAAACAGCUACGAGACCAGCGUUCUGGAAACCGUGCCCAUCAGAACCAGCAUCCUUCAGGUUCAAGCUACAGAUGCAGAUCAGGGAGAAAAUGGCAGAGUUCUGUACAGGAUCAUCACUGGGAACAACAACAACCUGUUCAGCAUAGACAGGCAGAGCGGCCUGGUGACCAGAGGCGUCCGGGCGCUGGACCGGGAGACCAGCAGCUCCCACGUGUUGGAGGUGGAGGCCUUCAACAGCGAUGAAGGCAGCAUGCGGAGCUCUGUCAGGGUGAUCAUAUAUGUUGAUGAUGCCAAUGAUGAGGUGCCAGUGUUCACCCAGCAGCAGUACAACCGUCUGGGCCUGAGAGAAACGGCCGGAAUCGGAACCUCUGUGAUCGUCGUGCGCGCCACCGACCCCGACACCGGUGAUGGCGGCGCUGUUGCCUACUCCAUAGUGUCCGGUUCAGACCGUAAGUUUGAAGUGGACGUCAGCACCGGUCUGGUCACCACUGUGGACUACCUGGACUACGAGACCAAGACGUCCUACCUCAUGAACGUGUCGGCCACCGACCAGGCGCCGCCGUUCCACCGAGGCUUCUGCACCGUCUACGUCACCUUACUGAACGAGCUGGACGAGGCCGUGGCCUUCUUCUCCGCAGGCUACGAGGCUUCCCUCCGGGAGAACAUCGCCACGGGAACGGAGGUGGUUCAGGUCCAGGCCCAGUCUGCCGACAACCUGAACCAGCUGACUUACCGCUUUGACCCCGACACGUCGCCGGCAGCCUUAGCCCUCUUCAAGAUAGACAGCGUCACGGGCCGCAUCACGGUAACAGGCUUGCUGGACAGAGAAAAGGGAGAUCUGUACACUCUGACUGUGGUAGCUGACAAUGGAGGACCUAAGAAGGACUCCACUGUGAAGGUUUCCAUCACCAUUCUGGAUGAAAAUGACAACAGUCCUGUGUUUGACAUAACGUCUGAUACGUCUGUGAGCAUCCCAGAAAACACGGCCAUGGGGAAGAGAGUGGCAGUGGUGCUGGCAAAGGACAGUGAUGCUGGUUUAAAUGGACUGGUGAAUUUCACCCUGGUGGCUGGAAACAUGGAGGAUGUGUUCAAGAUCAAAACGGUGAAUAGCAGCUAUGGAGAGGUUUACGUCAACGCUGCUCUGGACCGGGAGUCUGUAGAUCGCUACCUACUGAAGGUCCGUGCCACUGAUAAUGGUUCACCGACCAGAUACACGGACCACUCGCUGACCGUCAACAUCCUGGACGUCAAUGACAACGCUCCUGUCAUUGAAAGCCAGCGGGGAUACAACGUCAGCGUGAACGAGAACGUGGGAGGAGGCACCUCAGUCAUGCGAGUGAUUGCUACCGACAGGGACAUUGGUCCGAAUGCCAUGCUGUUUUAUUACAUCACUGCUGGAAACCAGGACCUGACCUUCCGCAUGGACCGCAUGACCGGAGAGAUGGUGACCCGGCCGGCCCCUCCGGACCGAGAGCGACAGCAGGAGUAUCGCCUCAACGUCACUGUGGAGGACGACGGCAUGCCGCCGCUGUCGACUUCUACCACCGUCUACAUUCGAAUCGUGGACGAGAACGACAACGCCCCAGAGUUUCCAGAGGAGGAGUACGUCACCGUGCUGAGCGAGGGACCCGACACCGUGGGGGCCACCAUUGCCACGGUAACAGCCAUUGACCCAGAUGAAGGUCUGAAUGGGACCUUGCGGUAUGCAAUCGUCCGGGGCAACCUGAUCCAAACGUUCAACAUCAACAGCAUCACGGGGAGAAUAACUGCUGUGAAGGAGCUGGACUAUGAGAUCAGCAACGGGCAUUAUGCAUUGGUUAUCACGGCUACUGACCAGUGUCCGAAACCUGCUCUCCGCCUGACAUCUAGCACAACAGUGUCGGUAAACGUCUUGGACGUGAACGACGUGACGCCAACCUUCCCCAGACAGUACGAGGGUCCCUUUGAGGUAACGGAGGGCCAGCCGGGCCCGCGGGUGUGGACCCUCAAAGCAAGCGAUGAAGACUCUGGUCUCAACGGCAAAGUAGAGUACAGCAUCACUGGUGGAGAUAACCAGAAUGAGUUCAUGAUCUCUCCUGUGGAGGGCGAGCUUCGGGUGAGGAGGGAUGUGGAGCUGGACAGAGAGACCACAGCUUUCUACAACAUCACCGUGAUGGCGCGGGACCUGGGAACCCCGUCACGCAACAGUUCGGUGGUGGUGGGCGUCUACGUUCUGGACAUCAACGAUAACGACCCCGUCAUCCUUAAUUUGCCCUACAACACCAGUGUGAGUGAAGGUGCGGCGAUACACACCUCCGUGGCCAGAGUUCGAGCUGGGGACGCAGAUAGCGGACGCAACGCACUUCUAACUUACAACAUCACUGCUGGAAACCCGGGCGGAGCCUUCUACAUCAACGACACGUCAGGUGUUGUGCAGGUGAACAGACCGCUGGAUAGAGAGUUAGUGGCGGAGUACACGCUAACCAUCACUGUGAAGGACAAUCCAGAGAACCCCCGCAUCGCUCGCAGGGACUCUGACUUUUUGGUUAUCACCAUUCUGGAUGAGAAUGACAACAGGCCCGUGUUCACGAGAACCAGCUACAGAGCUGAAAUAAUUGAGAACUCACCAGCAGGCAGCACAGUGACUGUUUUAAAUGGGCCUGUUCUGGCUGAAGACAGAGACAUCGGCCCAAAUGCUGUGGUGAAAUACCGACUGUUGGGGCCAAGGGUCGACCUCUUCAUUGUUGACUCCAACACUGGGGUCCUACUGGUGCAUCAGGGAGCAAAGUUGGAUCGUGAAGCCUUCCAGGACCCUCGGGUAGAGCUGAUUCUGGUUGGGGAAGACAUAGGAGGGUUAAACAACAGCGUCCCUCUCACCGUCACGAUCCUGGACCAGAACGACAACCCUCCUGUUUUCAGCCCGUCUAGCUUCAGCGUCCGACUGCCUGAGAACAGCCCCACUGGCGUUGUGGUGACUCAGCUCUCCGCCACCGAUGCGGACUCUGGCGCCAACGGUUGGUUGAUGUACCGUUUAGAGAGCGGUGCUCAGGACCGCUUUGUGGUCGACCCGAUUUCUGGUGCCGUCCUGGUGGGUAACACCACACUUGACAGAGAGGAGCGUGGGUCGUACCGCCUCGUUGUGAUGGCAACUGAUCGCGGCGCGCCCCCUUUGUCCGGUACAGCCACGCUGACAGUUAUCCUGGACGACGUUAAUGACUUCAGACCACGUUUUAUAGAACCUAUAACCAUGAUAAACGUCAACGAGUCGACCCCACCAGGUGUGGUGGUAGCUACCCUCACCGCUGAAGACCCAGAUCUCAAUCCAAGGCUAGAGUACUACAUCAUCUCAGUGGAGGCAAAGGAUGAUGGGAACAAUCCAGUGGUUGGCUUGCAGAACUCCUUCGGCAUUGAUUUACACACAGGUGCAGUAUUUGUUCGUAACCCGCUGAACAGAGAGCUGGUAGCCACGUUUGAGAUAAUUGUGUCUGUCCAUGACAACGCCAGUGAGGUUAUUGACAAGUCCGGCAGUGUUCCUAACGCGAGACUAACCAUCAACAUCCUGGACGUCAACGACAACGCGCCUCGCUUCCGGCCCUUCGGAGUCACCAACUUCACAGAGCAGAUUUUAGAAGGAGCUCAGCCGGGCACGACGCUGCUGUCGGUGUCCGCUGUUGACCCCGAUAAAGGUCCAAACGGUCAGGUCAUUUAUCAGCUGCUGCACCUGCCAAGAGGGGGCUAUGUCAGACUGGAGGACUCUUCCACCGGGAAGAUUGUGGCCAAUCGGACGGUGGAUUUUGAGCAAGUGCAGUGGCUGAAUUUCACCAUUCAGGCUCAGGAUCACGGGACGCCUCCGAGGAGCGCCGAGCUUCCGGUUUUUUUACGGAUAGUUGACGUCAACGACAACAACCCAGUGUUUCUGCAGCCGUCCUAUCAGGAACCCGUCUUUGAGAACGUGGACUUGGGCACCACCGUAGUUCGUGUCAGAGCCACAGACGCUGAUUCUGGACUUUUCGCUGUCAUCGAGUACAGCCUUGUGGACGGAGAGGGCAAGUUUGGCAUCAAACCUUCCACUGGAGAAAUCUACAUUAUGUCCCCUCUGGACAGGGAGACCAAGGACCACUACACUCUGACUGCUGUGGCUCGAGACAACCCAGGAGGGAGCCCUAACAACCGAAGAGAGAAUGCUGUUCAGGUUCUGGUGACGGUUCUGGAUGUAAACGACUACCGGCCGCGCUUCACAAUGCGGGUGUAUAACACCAGCGUGUUUGAGAACGAGCCCAGCGGUACGUCUGUGAUAACCAUCUCCGCAGUUGACCUGGACGAAGGAGAGAAUGCUGCCAUAAUCUACAGCCUACUUGGGCCGCAUUUAGAUGCGUUCUCCCUGGAUCCAAUCACCGGACUGGUGCGUUCGCGCCGCCUGCUCCAGUCUUCUGAGCGUUUCAACUUCACCGUUGUAGCUACGGACCAGGGGCGUCCUCCCCUAUGGGGCACUGCAGACCUGAUCAUCACAGUCAUAGACGUCAACGACAACAGACCCGUGUUUGUCAGGCCAGCUAAUGGAACCAUUAUUCAUAUUGCUGAGGAGCAGCCUCCAGGCCUGCCUGUGUAUGAGGUCCAUGCCACCGACUCAGACGCGGGCGUGAACGGAGAGGUCCGCUACGCCUUCCUGCAGACUGGUGCUGGGAACAGAGACUGGGAAAACUUCCACAUUGACGCCAUGUCUGGAGUCAUCACCACUACGGUGAAACUGGACCGGGAGAAACAAGCCCUGCUCAGCCUUAUCAUCGUGGCCCGUGACAUGGGCCAACCAGUGCCUUAUGAGACCACCCAGCCUCUGCAGGUGGCGCUGUUGGAUAUUGACGAUAAUGAACCGGUCUUCCUCAAGCCACCGCGUGGCAGCUUGCCCUACCAGAAGCUGACGGUACCAGAACACUCUCCCUCUGGUACCGUGGUGGGAAAUGUAACCAGAGCUGUGGACGCCGAUGAGGGCUCCAACGCCAUCGUCUACUAUUUCAUUGCAAGAGGAAAUAGUGAUGCAAACUUUGGCCUGAGUCUUGAUGGAGAGCUGAGGGUUCUGAAGGAUCUGGACCGGGAGGAGAUCCCGGCCUACUCCAUCAUCAUCAAGGCUUCCAGCAACAGGAGCUGGACCCCUCCCAAAGGUCAGAGGUCACUACAGGCCAGAGCACUGGACCCUGCUCUAGACCCGAGCCUUCUGGAAGUCCGGAUCGAACUCGAGGACAUAAAUGACCAGACGCCUCGGUUCGCUAAGACAGAAUACACAGCAGGUGUUGCAGCAAAUGCUAAAGUUGGCUCAGCUCUCAUCAGGUUGGUGGCUACAGAUAACGACAUCGGGAACAACAGCGUGGUCCAGUACCAUAUCGUUACAAUCCGCUACUUCCAGACCCAGAGCAACGGCAGCGAGGAUGUGGGCAACAUCUUCACCAUUGGUUUGAUGGACGGAAUGAUCCGAACUUACGACCUCUUCACAGCUUACGAUCCAGGCUACUUCCAGCUUGAGAUCUUAGCUUGUGACUUCGCUGGCCACAGUGCCACCACCAACGUGAACAUCUACAUCCUCCGAGACGACCAGCGGGUCAAGAUCGUCUUUAACGAGAUACCGGACUGGGUCCGCGAGAACCAGGACAAUUUCAUCAGCCUGCUGUCCAACAUCACAGGAGCUAUCGUCAACUUGGAUGACAUUCAGUUUCAUGUGGACAAGAAGGGCAGAGUGAGCUACUCUCAGACCGACAUGCUGAUCCACGUCGUCAACAAUCAGACCAACACCAUCCUGGAUGUGGAAAGAGUCAUCCAGAUGAUCGAUGAGAACAAGGAGCAGCUGAGGAGUUUGUUCCGGACGUACAACGUGGUGGACGUUCAGCCUGCCGUCGGUGACAAACUGCCUGACGACAUCUCCACCCUGCAGCUGGUGAUCAUUAUCCUGGCCGUGCUGCUGUGCUUGGCGGGGAUUUUGUUUGUAACAAUGAACUGGCAUUAUCGCAGAGUACACCAGAGGAAGCUUAAAGCUAUUGUUGCAGGAUCAACAGGAAACCAAGGUCUAAUGGAUAUUCUGGAUAUGCCAAACACUAACAAGUACUCGUUUGAAGGAGCCAAUCCCGUGUGGAUGGACCCGUUCUGUCGUAACCUGGAGCUUGCUGCUCAGGCUGAUCAUGAAGACGACCUGCCGGAGAACCUGAGUGAGAUCACCGACCUGUGGAACAGCCCGGCGCGCACACACGGCACCUUUGGCCGCGAGCCUCAAGCGAGGCCAGAGGACGAUCACUACCUGAGAGCCGCCAUCCAGGAGUACGACAACAUUGCUAAACUGGGUCAGAUUAUGAGGGAAGGGCCAAUCAAGCUAAUCCAGAGUGAUCUGGACGACGAUGAGGAUGAGAAUUUGGACUUGGGUGGGGGACGCGGCACUCUGCGGUUCAAGCACAAGCUUCCCGUGGAGCUGAAGGGGCCUGAAGGGGUCCAUGUGGUCCAUGGCAGCACAGGCACCCUCCUGACCUCAGAUCUCAACAGCCUGCCAGAGGACGACCAGCGGGCUCUGGCACGUUCUCUAGAGGCGCUGAACGCAGAUGGUGGCUUGUACUCAGAGAGGAACGCUCGCACGGAGUCGGCUAAAUCCACCCCGAUGCACCGCCACAAGGACGGGGACACCCUGUCAGAGAGUCCCCUGGAGAUCACGGAGUUAUGACUAGCCGAGGCCUCGCUGGUCUGAGGGCAACCGGGCUUGUGUGUGUCCUUGUGCCUCCAUCCUCCUGAAAAGGACUGGAGGGGAAGUGUUUGUAGUCUAGGGAAGCUCUUCAGACAGUGCUUCAGUGAAACAUCCUGCAGGAGGACACUCACACUGAGCUGGGUUGACUGGGUCUUUCAUUGAUGAAAACGGUCACAGUUCCAGUUUGUAGAGUUUUAACCCACCUGCAGGACCCCCGUCUUCAGCAAGACAAAAGGUUUCCCUCGCAGUCAUUAAAAUGCUGAGUGAACGAGAUGGAGUGGGGAACAUUUGCUCCAACCAUGACCUUAAACUCAUCUAAAAGGUGCCUCAUUCUCAUGAAUCCUUUUGAAACUUAUGCCUGGACUGCAGACACUCACACAAAAACACACACAUACAUCAAUCUACACACACUCAGACCAGCAGAUGGCCUCGAAAGGGAAACUGAGAACAUUAAAUAAUCAGGCAGAUUUUUAGAGAAUUGCUUUGGCAACAUGAUUACAGUCAGUGUACCGUAGUGUGGACGGGAACAGCAAUAGAUGUUUCAAUAGUUUGGAAAUAGCUGAGGAAUUUUCAUCAUCUUUUCAGUGAUUUUACUCAAAUCACAGAAGAAUGAGGAUGAAGAAGCUCCUGAUGGGAGCAAAAAACUUGAAAAACUCUCUUGGGAAGGUGAUUAUGGUCAGCGCAGAAACAAAAGACUUUCCAAGUACAUGGUGGACAGUUCCUUAGAAAGGAUGAGGAAGAGAAAAAAACAGGUUUUAUCAAAAAGGAAAUAAAAUAUUUAUAAAAGCAAAUAAAAUUUUUUAUAGACGUUAAGAUGGCAAUGUGCCCAGUGAUUUUACACUGCCACGUGGGGGGAGGUGGGCGACUCAAUGUCAAACUCAAAGUGAGAAAUUUUGCGUUAUUUUUAUUUUUGUAUUUAAAAAAAAAAAACAUUGACUCAAAAGAUAUUUUUGAAGAAAAAUGUUGUCUUACCAAAACCGCUAAGGAAGUUAUGUUGAAUGUUUGGCGUAUGAGUAUAUAGUGCUUUGGUGACACGUCCAUUUGUUUCCCUUGUAUAACAGAUGUUUCUGUUGAGUGGUGUGUAAUGGAAAAAUACUUUUAUAUUCCUGUUUUGUAAGUUUGUUUCUUUUUUUUAUUAUUGUUGUCACCAGCCAUGAGAUCUGUGUUGGGAAAUGUUGUGGGAUGAUCUGUGCUAAUUAAAAUAUGCAAAUGGUC